AUGGCAAAGUGGAUUGUUGACACCGAUGCAGGCAUCGAUGAUGCCCAAGCAUUGAUUUUAGGGCUUUCCACUCCAGGGUUUGAUAUAAUUGCAAUAACAACAGUUACAGGGAACACAAAAGAAGAAGAUGUGUUCUAUAACACUUCUGAAAUUUUGAGGGUUUGCGAUAGAGAAGACAUACCUAUCUAUCGCGGUGCCCGAUCCCCAAUACUUACUAUCUCUCUAAAAUAAAAUUAAAUCUUUGAAAAAUAUUUAUAUCCAUAGUACUAGGCAUUAAAUUGUUAAAUAUCCCAACCAAAUUUACCUCGGAAGCUAGAAAUAACGUUUUUGCAAGCCAUUUUCAUGGCAUUGAUGGCCUAGGAGAGUAUUGGUCUAGACAUGAGAGGCCAUCAUUUCCUCAAAGAAAUCUUGAAACUGCAUCUCAAGCAAUUGUCAGAUUGUCAAAAGAACAUAGCGAUUUAAGUUUAUUAUGUCUAGGGCCAUUAACAAACUUUGCUACUGCCUUGCUUAUAGAUCCAAAUAUAAAAUUUACUCAAGUCAUUGCAAUGGGUGGAAAUUCUAAUUGUAUAGGUAACAUCACUCAAUUGGCUGAAUUUAAUUUCUAUGCUGAUCCAGAAGCUGCCCAAAUUGUACUGAAGCGGUACCCUUUUACAACAUUAGUGACAUGGGAGCUUACAUUUAUGGAAGAGCUGCUUUUUGAUAAAGAAAAAAGCGAACUUUGGUAUUCUGACACUAAAAAAGGAGAAUUUAUAAGGGAUAUCACUUCUUGGGUGCUAGAUAGAUGUGAAAAAACAGCCACUUGUGAUUCUGUUGCUAUGGCCGUUGCAAUUGAUCAAACACUAAUAAUGGAAUAUGAAGAUCAGCCUGGAGAAGUUUGCAUUGAAAAUGGGAUCACAAGUGGAAUGGUUAUUGUGUAUAGCAUCUUCAUUACCAUUGCUUGCCUCGAAGCAUAGUCCUUUGCGGCAACUUGCAGCUCUGAGGGAUUACUUAAAAGCGGUUAUUCAACCUAAAGUUAGCAACCCACCUAGAGGAUGUAUUUUAUUAACUUGGAGUUAACUUGCCACCUUUAGGUGACUCGUCAGAGCUACAAGUUGCCGCGAAGGACUAUACUUUGAGGCAAGCAAUGACAUGAAGAGGCUAUAUAGGAAUAAACAACGUUAUGGUGAUAUGGCGAUUAAUAUCAGGCUGAUCAAUAAAAUAAACGCAGAAAGGUUUUGGGAAAUGAUGUUCCAGAGUACAAAAGGUUAA